AUGACGAACGCAAAUAAUGAAACAGAAACGUGGAUGGGUAAAUUCAAUACCGACAAUUCUUCAAAUAUUGAAGAUUUAACGAAAGAUAUUUUCCAAGAAAUUAUAAAUGACGAGAAGUAUAAAGAUUCAAGGCUCAAAGUCCUGGAAGCCCUUAAUAAAGAUGCUAAUAAAGAUAAAGCAAAGGAAAUAUGGAGUCAAUCCGAUGCAAAAAUUUUUAUAACUAUACUAAAUAAUGCAGAUGCAAAUUCAUAUGCAAUCUUAGAAGGAGCAUGGAAAUAUAUGGAGCAGAAAAUUAUUGAAGAUGUAUUGAUAGAUCUAAGAGAUCUCGUUUCAAAGAAUAAAUAUGAUGCAGAGGAAUAUAAAGAAGUGAUUAAGAAGAUGCUUAAGUAUUCUCCUGCUAUCAAAGAGAAAUUUAAUGAUUUACCUGAAGAUAUAAAAAUAGACAUCGUAUAUCAAAUGGAUUUAAAAACAUUGUGUAUUUUCAAAAAUAAUGGUGGAGAAGCUAUCAAGGACAUUAUCAAGAUCAGAUUGCAAACAAUUAUAAACAAACUUAAAGAAAAAUGUCAAGAAUAUAAAACAAACAACUUAAACCCUGAGCAUAAUAAUACUGAUAAUUAUAAUUCUUACAUUUCAGCAUUAAAAUGUGAAGGAAAUGUUUCUUUGGCUAUCAUAGCUAAGCAUAUUUUUGAUAUUAAUGCUGCAGAUCUCGAUUUGGGAGUUAAUGAAUAUGAAUAUAGUAAUGAUAAAUUGAUUGAACUACUGUAUGUAUGUGCAAAAAUAAUAAUGUAUCAAAAUAAUGGAGCGUUAUCAAAUGCUGGUAAUGAUUGGAAAAUAAUCAAUGAUGAUCAUUAUACUCUUUUUAAUUGCUUAAAUGAUAAUGGGUUAUUAGAAAAGGAUUGUUUGCAGAAAUUUGAUACGUUCCGUGAUAAAGUGUUAAAAUUAAUGGAAGAUAAUAAUGAAGAUAAUAAUGCGAUCAAUCUUAGGAAAUAUAUUGAUAAUGUGCUAAAGAAGAAGAAUCCAUCGAAGUACCUGUUUGAGAAAGCAAUUACUAAAGAACUCAAGAUAGAAGACGAGGAGGAUAAGCAAUAUGCGUUUGAUGUUUUGGAUCGAAUUCUAAUGUCCAUUAGCCUGAAACAUGUAGUAGGCGAUCUAGUGUUUGAAAGCGAUGGCAUGGUGAAUACUAAGGACGGUCUUAUUAAUCUUACUAUGGUUAUCCAAGAAAUGAGCGGAGAACCUAAGCAUCUACCAAUUAAUGAAGAUAUUGAAAAUAUAAGAACCGGGCGAAAAAACGCAGAAAAGGCUCUUAUUCUCAUGUAUACACCCCUGCUAAAAAAUAUUUAUGAUAGGGAAAUAGGUAAAGUAGUGUAUAAAAUUGAAGAAUAUCACAAAUGUAUUACAGAUCAAGAUAAACUAAAAGCUGCUGCAAUCAAAACAAUAAUAGGUAAGAAUGGAGAAGCCUCAAAAAGCUAUAUUAGUAUUAAUGAACUCCAUAAUUUGAUAUCAAUUAAAGAUCACAACAUCAAUGGUACAUUCAAUGUCUGUGGAAUUGCAUUGCUGAUACUUAUUAUGUUAACUACAGUGGGAUUGAAUGAAUACAACAUUGUUGAGAUUGGAAAGAUGGGAUAUGGAAUUGUAAGGAUUAUAUGCACGUUCAUACCUGUAGUGAUUGGAAUAUUUAUGAUAUACAAUGCAUUUAGAAUGUGUGUAGUGAAGUAUGAUAAGAAAAGCGCGUUGGACAGCAUGGGGAAUCAAGUUAUUGCAAAGAUGGCAUGUGUAUCAGUUUGCCUAGCAGCAGCUAUUGCUGAGAUGGUGAUGGUAGGAAUCGGCAUGAUAAGAGCUGAUCAGACAAGUAUUGAUGAUAUUAACAAGAUGAUGGCUACAACAGUGAGUGUAUUAAUGAUACUUAGUAUGAUGAGAUAUGUGAUGAGUAAGAAUCAAGAUAUUUGGUAUCACGUUGUGAUUCUAGGAGGAAGUCUGGUUAUAGGAACGAUGAGAACUUUAAUACUUGCAAAUGCAAAGAUUAGAGAGUAUAUGGGUGUGAUGAAUAUAGUGAUGAUGGCAAUCGGUAUUUUGAUGGCAAUAACAUGCAUCGCUGUUUACAUGACGAAAAAGAGCUUAAAUGAUAAUAAGAUAUUAGGUAAGUCUAAGAGUGCUGUUAUUGUGAAUAUAAUUGGAGUAGUUAUUAUGAUUUUAUCAACGGUAGUGGGAUGCCUGAUGCAGAGCAUGCAUUUUAAUGUGAUUAUUGAUAAAGCUAAAGAAGCGCUAUUAUAA